AUGUCAAAUGCCGUCCUGUCAGUGCCUGACAACCUUGUUGACGGGUUCUCUCGUAUCCUAUCUAGUGGUGUUGUUGGUAGCGUAGCAUCUUCUUUGCCAAGCGCAUCUAAUGCUAAUAACUCUGCGUUUAUCGGGCCCCGGCGAAUUGAGUCUUUCGGAGCUGGCAUCGUCUCAGCCGCGGCCGGUUCUUUUGGAAUGGGGACAGGCGCUGGUGGUGUUGGGUUUGGCCGCUGGAUCAGCGGUACACCCUCGGGAAGCUUCUCCGAUGGGGCUGGAAUUGACCAG